AUGUCACUUCAUAAAUUCACGUCCUCUGGGGUGGUGGACCCGUCUUCUGGGGUGGAAGACCCGUCCUCUGGGGUGGAAGACCCGUCCUCUGGGGUGGUGGACCCGUCUUCUGGGGUGGAAGACCCGUCCUCUGGGGUGGUGGACCCGUCUUCUGGGGUGGAAGACCCGUCCUCUGGGGUGGUGGACCCGUCCUCUGGGGUGGAAGACCCGUCCUCUGGGGUGGAAGACCCGUCCUCUGGGGUGGUGGACCCGUCUUCUGGGGUGGAAGACCCGUCCUCUGGGGUGGUGGACCCGUCUUCUGGGGUGGAAGACCCGUCCUCUGGGGUGGUAGACCCGUCUUCUGGGGUGGAAGACCCGUCCUCUGGGGUGGUGGACCCGUCCUCUGGGGUGGAAGACCCGUACUCUGGGGUGGUGGACCCGUCUUCUGGGGUGGAAGACCCGUCCUCUGGGGUGGUGGACCCGUCUUCUGGGGUGGAAGACCCGUCCUCUGGGGUGGUGGACCCGUCUUCUGGGGUGGAAGACUCGUCCUCUGGGAUGGAAGACCCGUCCUCUGAGGGGGGAGAGGACCCAUCCUGCGAGGGUGGAGGACCCGUCUUCUAG